CAGCAGCAUGACAGCAACAACCGCAAUUUCAGAGUUGCAAACACGACAAGCGGUUGGAAACAAAUUAAUAAGUUACUUUGUAUGACUAUAAAUUUAUAGUUCAAAUAAUUGUAUAAAAAUUUUAAUUGAAUUAUUCCAAGUAUUGAUGAAACAUAUGGGAACUCUCUAGGCUCCGUAUUGCAGUUUUCUGGCUCAUGGCCUAAGCUGGCAUCACCGUAAGUGGAAAGAAGCCAACAACAGUGCGGCACACUAUGGAGUGGGGAAGGAAACGCUUUGUUGUUCUAUUUGUUUUCCUUGUGAUCGUAUCAUUCAUCUUCAUGAUGUUUGUUUAUGACAUCCCAGCAAGCAUAAAGCAUUUACUGCAAGUGAGUGAUAAAAGGAAUGUUGUUACCUUAGAUUCAAUCGGCUCGCCAUUCGAUGACCAAAAUGAGCAUGUCCUUGCAAAGGAUAUAUGGGAUGGAGGACAACUAUUUGGGAAACUUGCUAUUUCUAGAAAGAGAUUCAAUGGUGAGAAGGCAAAGAAAAAAAAGAGGAAGGGACAAAAGAAGAAGAUUACUUACGGUGAAAAGGUUUUAACAAGAGGAAAGUAUAAGUCAAGACUGCCAAAUGCCAUAAUAAUUGGUUCAAAGAAAGCAGGUACUCGUGCUCUUUUACAGCAUCUAAAAGUGAAUCCAGAAAUCAGAACUUGUGGAAAAGAGGUACAUUUCUUCGACAAUUAUUAUGACAAAGGUUACAAUUGGUACAGAGUUCAAAUGCCUCCUAGUUUCACAGAUGAGAUAACCAUGGAAAAGACACCAGCUUACUUUGUCACAAAAUCAGCACCAAAGAGAGUAAAAGACAUGUGUGAAAAGUUUCUCCUAAAAACUAAGUUUUUAGUGAUAUUAAGGGACCCAGUUGAAAGGGCUAUUUCUGAUUAUACUCAGGGUUUGGUAAGGAAAAAAGAGAGGAAUGUCAAAAAGAAUUCUUUUGAAUCAAAAGUAUUUAAAAAAGGUAAGAAGAAGAAAGAGGUUAAUGAUGGUGCCACUAUUAUAAAAACUGGACGCUAUAUAGAGCACCUGAAUGAAUGGUUAAAGUAUUUUGAUAUAAGUAGAUUUUAUUUUGUUAGUGCAGAAAGAUUUGUCAGUGAACCAUGGACAGAGCUUGAAGGAGUUCAGAAAUUCCUCAAUGUUUCAGUUUCUAUUACCAAAGACAGCUUCUGGUAUAACAAUACAAAGAAGUUUUAUUGCAUCCAGAAAACAAAUGGAAAUGGAAAAGCUAGAACCAUGUGUUUGGGAAACACCAAAGGAAGAACUCAUCCAAAAAUUGAUACAGAAACAAUACAUAUUUUGCAGAGUUACUAUAAGCCAUUCAAUGAUGAACUGUAUAAGAAAACUGGGAGGAAUUUUGGUUGGCCAAGUUCUUGAAAGGUUUCUGGCAUUCUCUAGAUUGUGGUCAAUUGUAUUCAAUUGAGACUGAUUUUUUUAAGACUUUGAAAGAAAUGAAAACUUUUAUAUAUUCAGUAUCUAAUCAUACAAAGUAGUAUUAGGCCAAAAAACUGUAUGAUAUCAUGGUAUUUAAAUAAUGUUUUUAAAAGGUGCGUUCUACAUAAUAUUAUAAGUCUUUUAACAAUAAUAGUUUAGUGUUUGUUGUUUGUAAACAUAGCUUUGUCCUAAACUGAUAUAGUUCAAAAAGCUUGUGGCCCAUUGUACCAAGAUCUAGGACAGGCUGCCUUUUUAUGUCGUACAAAGAUUUAUGGAUAAUUGGUGAGCCUUGUGGAAUCAGUUCUAAAUGGGAUCACUUAGCUAAGCUUACUCGUUUGGGUGUGACUAGCAGUUCAAUUUGAAAUGGUUCUCGCAGGCCCCGUUGAAAUGCCCUAACCGUACCCAUUUUUGAAUGGUUCUAUUUGGUAGUUGUCCUGUGUAAAUGCAGCAAAAAUGUAGAUAUAUUUUGUUCUCUAAUGGCUAGUAGUUGAAUUUGAUAAUCAAGAUUUGUAUUUUUUGUAAGUUGACUGUACAUCAAGAAUCUCAGAUGUCUAUUGGUAGCACACUUUUAGUUUGGAUGCAGCCAUUUGGUUUGUUGAAUUUGGCAAGACCUUUUGUUACUUUUCUCUGUUGGUCCAGCAAAAUUAUUAUUAAACCUGAAUUUGAAUACAUCAAGGCUAUCUACUUUUCUGAAACAUUUAAUUUGCAAUAUUUCAAGGAACCGUUUCUAUAAUUUUUGGUUUUUAUUGUUUUCAGCUUGUUUCAUUCAAGGUUUAAAAGAUUAAAUGAUAGUGAUGUAGGCUACAAUCCUGGACAAGAAUGUUGAGACAAAAUGCAAAUAAAGUAUGACACAUUUACCACCCAACUAGCCAUCCAGAAAUAGUUUUCGGCAUAUUUGGACAAAAUUUGAUUUUCCAUAAUUUUUUGUGUAAAAGUUGUCACAUAUUUGAGGCCUUAAGGUAAGGUCUACAAAGGACAAAAUAUAUUUGUCCCAGCUGAAUAGAACAUUGAAGACUUUGACCACAUAAUCUGAAAGAAUGUCAUAAAAUAAUCCUCAAUAGGAAAAAUCAGUUAGAUUUCUAGAUUUCAAGUUUGCUAAAGGAUUACUGUUACUCUGGCCAGGUUCAUAAAGUUAGAAACCAAGACCAAAUUACAGAGGUUUGAUGAGGCAAGAGCCUGUGCUCAUGUGGCCAUAUAUCAGCCAAUCCGUAAUACCUUUAACUGAUUUUGCAUACUUAGAGGUAUCUCUUGAUGCUCUUUCAGGUAACAGGGUUAAAAAUCAAAAAUUCUAAAAGUAAAUGUUUGUGAGGUUAUCACUUUGGUACUUUGUUGUUUGGGUUAAAAAUGGUGGAUGUCAGAUAUAAAGUUCUUUCAAAUCACAUAAAAACCCUUGGUCAGCCAAAGGAUCUCAAAGAUCUUAAUAGAUUCAGAUGUCUGUCACAUAAUGAUUAUUUAUAAAAGCAAUGUGAAUCUUGUAUCCUUCUUGUAUCCUUCUGAUGCAAGGACUGGAGGCAAUCACCAUACCAAUACACCAAUUAAAAUUUUACUGCCACAUUUUGGAAAUUAUUUCAAACUUUAUUGUUUAACUAUCUUGAGCUCAGAUUAGGAUUUACAACCAUACUUUUAGUCCAGACACAAUUUUUUAAUUUGCUUGCAUCAUUGAUUUUUAAGGGAUUUGAACUCCGAAAUUGUCCCACCUGAAACUUCACUCUCAGUUGUUAAUCACAGUGAAAAUUCAAUUUUCUGUCAUCAUAAAAGAAAUGUUUCCUUAAUACAAAUUUGAAAUUAAGUAAAAAGAAGUUUACACGGCUGUAUAAUGAAGGUGUAACUCAAUCAUAUUGUGGAACAAGUUCCUGCGAAUCAGCAAUAUAAAAAAGUGUUUGGCAUUAGAAAUAAAAAAAACUUCAUGAUGAUGAUUUAGUAAGUUUUGAUUAUAUAAGCUACGAAUCAACAUCAUUAAUCUGUAUGCCUACUGUACAGAAUUCUGCACUCACACAACUUAUGUAUGCAAAUGUGUGUAUACAGUUGAAAAAGAGUUUCGAUAAACACAAAAAUGAAUGAAAAGUUACAUAUUCAUAAAUAAAAAAUUAACAACUUGAUGUAUGUUGUUAUAUAUGUUCAAAACUUAAUAUCGAUGUUUAAAGCAUGCAAAAAUUUACUCAAAAUUUUAAAACUUGCUUAAUAGAUACUCACUGUAAAGUGGAUGAAAAUUUCUCCUCACUGCUGAUAGGGGCUACUGCAGGACACAAGGUUUUGCAGAAAAUGCUCUGAUGACAUGACCACAUUGUCAUUCAACAUUGACAGACGGAAUGGCACAAAUUUCCCAAGCUGUAGCAUUAUGUCGCUAUAUAUAUUGGAAAUGUUGUCACAAAAUUUCCCAAAUAUGCAAGAUGUUAAGGAAAUAUCAUGUGACAAAAUUAGGAGAAACACUUCAAAAUUUUAAACUUUGUUUUCCAGCUAACUCCUUCCUUAAUCAACACCUUGUGAUGUGCAAAAUCCGAGCAUAUAUGGAGCUUACAAAUACCAGUUUCAGGACCAUUUUUAACAAGAUGUUUGCUCCAGCAGAGCAUAAAUGUCACACCCUACAAGCCAGCGAUGUGUCAAUAAUUUCAGUCUGUUUGCUAAAAAGGUUCAGUGUAACACUGCUUAAAAAUGCUGGAAUGGAUUGUCCACGUGACAGGUAAUCCUUCAUCACUUCUUUCCAUUGGAGUGAAAAUUCGGUCUCAAUCAUUUCCAUUUGGUGCUCUUUUGUCAUCUGAAA